GACUCCUGGAUCGGAAUCUUGUUUGAUGCUAAACGUGUUGUGUAUGUUGUGUAUGUUGUGUAUGUCUACAUUUCUGCAUCAAUUGUUCCUUCCCCCUCCGUUCUAAGAAAGGAAGGACGAACCCUUAGGUUAAGGCAGCAAGCUCACACUUAAUCGUUCACUUGUACUUGCACGAAUAAUUCAUUUCCUGAAUCAAAUCUUCUCCUUCUCCAUCAUCGCCAUAGGUUUUAUCUUCACUUCAAUCAAAUCAUCAAAACCCUAAGCUUCGAAUUGUUGUUCAAGACAUCUCGAAUAUUUGGUAGCCUUCAAAUUGGUGGGGUACAGUCGUGUCACGACCGAUAUCAUCUCAACUGUUCAACACGGGUAUUGAUGUGACAUUCAUGAGCGGCGAAUGAGCAAAGAGGGUAAAGGAACCAGAAGUUCAUAAAAGUCGACAAAGGUCACGAAGGGUCAAAAGAGACAAUAUCAUCGCCGUCUUUGUCGUCGUCGUCAUCAUCAUCAUGCCAAGACUCCAAACCAAAAAUGAUCAGCUCAAUCUGCUUCGAAUGCAACUUGAAGAAGAGCAAAAAUCGUGUGCUAGUCUCCGUCAUACCAUCAAGGCGAAGCAAGCUAUCAUUGAAAGCACUCUUGCGCAAUUGAAGGAUGCGAAAGAAAGUCUGAUUCAGGCUACAUCUACUUCACCUUUUAUGAAAAAACUUCCUGUCGAACUUCGUCUCAAGAUUUAUAAAUUACUCCUGGUCAAUCCCAAGUUGAGUGAAGCCGAUACUAUUGGCAAAGCUGCCGAAUAUGGAAAAUGUGUAAAGUUCGAACUUACCCCAACAAUCUUACGUACGUGUAAAGCAAUUCACGACGAAGCGGAACCGAUUCUCUAUGGCUCAAACACUUUCAUCAUUGAAUGUAUUGGCGGCUAUGGUCCAGUUGGUUCCCUUCAUGUCCCACAAUCACCACUCACCAGAUUUACGGAUCCCAGCUUCGAUAAUUUUGAGGAUACCGAUUCAGAGGAUGAUUUUGAGCGCAACAUGAUGGGAUAUUCUGGAACAGAAAUCCCUUUUGAUUUCUCCACAUUUGGAGCCUUGAAGAAAGUUAAACGCUGGAGAAUACUUGCUGGUGCAUACAGACCAACUACAACAAAUCCGGUACCAGCAAAGUCUUUUGUUCAUUUUUGUCAAGCAUUAUGUCAAGAAGCUCCAACACAACCACAAAGAUCUCUCGAAAUCGUCAUUGCACUUGCAAGAGUCAGUAUCGUCAUUUCUCCGACUAGGGCUGAGGAUACACAAUACAAAUUUUCGCAAGAUCAACUUAACUAUCUACUUCAACCGCUGAGGCUCUUGAGAGACAUACAUUUGGAGUUGAACAUUGCACAAUUUAAGACAGACUUACCACAGUCUACUCAUUUGUGCGGCAUGGGUCCUGAGUAUUACUUUCCUUACAGCGAAGCCCAAACAGUCGAGGUCAAUCUUGAGAGAUCUAUGAAUUUGGCGUUGCCGAUCGUUCAACAAUACCAAGCUAUUGUGGAGGAUCUUUCGCCCGUUGAAAAGGUAUUCAAGAUGUAUCAGCGAUUAGAGCGAUAUGUGGUUUCAUUCGAAAGAUCUGGACAAUUCGCGAGGGAUCUAAUCACCUUACAAAAAGGUCAUGAAGGUAGUCGGAGAGAGACUCGUCAUUUUGGUUGGCAACUUCCUGGUGCUUCUUUUGGCAACCCUUUCAAAUCUCGCUCUCCUUCAUCGUAUCAUCCAGUGGAGCUUGCUUUUUCUAAAGCUAUCGUAGCCAAAGAUAAGGAGGAUGUCACAGAGUUCAAAGCUGCUAGAGCUUCUGUUUUGAAAGAACUAGAUCCUCAAUACAGAAGAAUGGUCGAAGCAUCUAGAAAGUUGACAGCUUUCGUCGAAAAGGAGAGACUUUCAGGAGUAUUUCAUAAGUGUACUGGUUGUAGUGUAUUCCAUCAAUACGAAGAAGAUCCAUACGAGAGUAGUCUUGGAGAAGAUUUGGAUCGCUACAUCUAUGAACUCGAUAAGAUCGCCAGUUUAUUAAAUCGAAGUAUGCCUGAUCACAUUCAGAUUCAAAUACAGAAAGGAACCACAAUGUAUGAGGCAGCAUACUUUCAUUUGGAGAGAGAAAGACUUUUCCGAAAGUUACGUUGGAUGCAAAAGCAAGACAUCCUUGUAAAGAAUCCUUCACAAAUCGCUAAAUGGACGAAGCGACUCAUUGAAGAUAUGUGGGGGGAUUGUCAAGGUAUUAGCUGGCAUAGAGAGUGUCUUUUUAAGGAUGAUAUUACAGAUAUUGGCUGCAAAAUCAAUAAAAAAUUGGGCCAGGGAUUGAUGGAACAAGAAUUGGAGUGGCUUGAAGGAUUUGAAAGUGAUGAAGAGGAAUUUCAUGAAUUUCGCUAUGGAGAUUAAAUAUUUGAUGAGAAAUCAGAGAUGGAAUUUUUGAAAUGGACAAGAGGUGUUCACAGAUGGAGAGAUACUAGGUAGUAGCUAUUGCAAAAUUUGCUGAUGGGGAAAUGGGAUGGAAUACAUGAUGAUACAUGUUCUGAAGGCUUAGCUGAGCAUGGUAUGUUAUGGCGAUAUGGGAAUAUGACUGACUGGCUCUUCUGGCUCUUAAAAAUAAUUUGUUGUAAUUGCUACCAUUAUCGUAUGUAGAUGUAUUUGUAUGGUUUAUUUCUUGUCUAUUCUCAUCUCUUCCGUCUCUUCUACCUCAUUUUAAUUCGGAUACUGGGUGUGUGA